UUGUGAGAUCUAUUUGCCCGUUUCGAAGGUUCUCCCCCCAAACUCACACAUUCAGUCUUACAAUUCCAGGGUUCGCGUUUCAGUCUGCGAACUGCCUAACCUCCCAAGAAAGAAAAGACAGAGAGAGGGAGCGAGAGAGAGAGAGAGAGAGAAAGAGAGAGAGAAACCCUAUGGAAACAGCGCAAAAAACAGCGGACUUUUCUCUCCUGCGCCUCUCCUCUCCCUCUCUUAUGAGUUUUUGACGUGUUUUAGGGGGGUUCAGGGGCAGCUCGGAGCGCACAGACUGAGCCAUGACUCUGAGCUCGGAGAUGUCGGAUGCCUCCCUCCUUUCGGAAGAGACCGACAUCGACGUGGUCGGCGAGGGCGAGGACGGCGACGGCCACACGCGCUCCUACGUGGACGAGGUGGCGCAGAUGCGGGACGGCAUCCUCCUGGCCGGCUCUCCUCCUCCUCCAUGCCUACAGGACGGCUCCACCUCCACCUCCUCCUCCUCCAGGGAUGCCUUCAAGCCGGCGGGGAAGAACGCCCUGGUGAAGCCCCCUUACUCCUACAUCGCCUUAAUCACCAUGGCCAUCCUGCAGAGCCCCAAAAAGAGGCUGACGCUCAGCGAGAUCUGCGACUUCAUCAGCAACCGCUUCCCGUACUACAGGGAGAAGUUCCCGGCGUGGCAGAACUCCAUCCGGCAUAACUUGUCCCUGAACGACUGCUUCGUGAAGAUCCCGCGCGAGCCCGGGAACCCCGGAAAGGGCAACUACUGGACACUGGACCCGGAGUCGGCCGACAUGUUCGACAACGGGAGCUUUCUGAGGCGGAGGAAGCGCUUCAAGCGGCAGCAGACGCAGGACUUGCUGCGGGAGCCCAACGGCUUCAUCCCCGCGGCGGCGGCGGCGGCGGCGGCGGCAGCUGCGGCGUACGGGUACGGACCGUACGGCUGCGGAGGCUACGGCAUCCAGCUGCAGUCCUACCACACGCACUCCGCACUGUUCGCCUUCCAGCAGCAGCAGCAGCAACAGCAGCCCAGACAUUCCCACACGCACAUCCCGUCGCCGUCGCUGAUGCCCACCAGCACGGACCUUGCCCGGAGCAGAUUUUACCCGCAGCUCGGGUCCGCUCUGGGCUCCGUAUCCCCGGCGCAGAAAGCGAGCCCCCCGGCGCAGCAGCAGCAGCAGCAGCAGCAGCCGCCACAGCCGCAGCAGCGUUCUCCUUUCUCCAUAGAGAGCAUCAUCGGCGGGUCGCUGAGCCCUGCCAGGACUCCUCCUGUCAUUGUCCCGGUUUUACCGACCUCCCUGGGGCUCCCCAGCCAGCCGCAGUCCGUCCACCCGGAGGCCGUUUUAGUCGAAAACCUCCCGAACAGAAUUAUAGGAGGCACUAGCGCCUGUUAAAAAAAAAAAAAAACAAAAAAAAACGUCUUAAAACUGCAACAACAACAACAAAAAAAACUUAUCAAAAGCAGAAACAAACGCCCCCCUCCCCUCUUUGAAGGUAGGAUUAUUUUUGUACGUUUAUUUACAGCAGAAUGACGGACAUGCAGGAAAAACAAACACUAUUUGUGCCUAUAUUCAUGCUGAUUAUGAAACUAUAUAUUUAUGGUAUGGGGUUUUUAUUAUUAUUAUUAUUAUUAUUAUUUCAGUGAGAAUCAAAAGGAUUUUUUUGACCUCGAAUUUUCCUUGUACUUUAUCAAGACGUGAUCUGUUUCAGUCACUGUUGUUUUCUUUAGGAGCGUCUCAGGACAGGUUCUAAGUGAUCACAUGUUUAAAUUGUGUCAAACACAUAAUUUUUUUUAACAUAUAUUAUUAUUAAUAUUAUUAUUUUAUGAGCAAAUCAGAACAAGGUUUAAAGGUUUCGAUUUGAAAUUUGUAUUAAAGGAAGAAGAAGAAGAAAAGAAGAAAAGAACACGCAAGCAGCAAGGUCAUUUAUAAUUCUGUGCGAUGUGUUUUGAUUUGAGGUAAUGAAAGCAUUGUACUUUUUUUUGCCAAUUAUGGUGUAUCUGAGGUGUGAUAUUUUCUACACAGUUUGUUUAUUAAGAAGAAUAAAUUUCUCUUUUUGUUUUGCAACAGAAAAAAAAAAAAGACGAGACCAUAGCCUGUUUCGGAAAUCAAUUGAAUUGCUUUUGAGCUUUCUGGUGCGUUUAAGUGCAAAGUCAAAGUGCAGGAAUGACCACUUACAAGUGCGGUUACGCAGCCCCUGCAACGAGGAAGGGUCACGUCUGGCUGGCGAGCGUGUUUCAGCCUCUGUGCGUGCGUUCACAAAUGUAGGCUGAAACACGCUCGUCUCGGUGCCACCGCUGCACGUUUUGGAACAUGCGCAAACGGGCCUUGCGUGUCCAUCUGACCUCUCUCACACUCAUCCUCGUAAUUGCGGUGAGCGGACAGGAGGGUGUCAGCCGGGUGAGGCAGGGGAGCGAGGGGGUGCGGCUGUGUUCUCCCUGCCGCCGGGUCACAGAUUUACACAUCAUCAUGGCCACAAAAGAAAAAAAAAAAAUUGUAAUAAUAAUAAUAAUAAUGAUCCAAGAUAUGCUACCGUUUGACACACAACGAUAAGAAAAUUUAUUCGAAUUUGACGGUGAAUAAUCGUUCCUGAAAAGAAUUGUUUUAGAAGAUCAACAGCUAAAAAGAGUUUUAAGUAAGCUGAACGUUUUUAAUAUUAAUGACAUAACAAGCACAGUAAAAGAUCUCGUUUUUUAUAUCAUUUUUUCACAGAAUAAUUAGUCACACAUACUCUAGCUGUUUUCUUUUGAAACAUUUUAUAGUAUAAAAAUUAAUUAAAUGCUAGCAAUUAAGGUGAUUUGAAUUUGAAUCAACUAUGGUCAUUUCUGAGAAUGACGUGUAAUAUAUAUAUAUAUAUAUAUAUAUUCACGUCAUUUUAAGUAAAGCUGAAUGUUUUGAUCGGAAUUUAACUAAUGAUCCAAUUCUCGUUUAUCUUGUGUGGCACUCAGCAGAAAGAAGUUGCCUUGAUAUGCUUAUAUGGGUUGCAAAGUGAAGGAAUUUCUCGAAUUGUAGUAAAAAGUCAGAAUUCUGAUAAAAUUGAUUGGGAACCUUUUGUUGCUGUAACAAGUUUAGUAAAAACAGCUAUCGUUUUUAAAAACUCAAAUUCUUAGUCCAACAAAGAAAACGUCUCAAUCACAAGUCUAAGGACAGCAGGCUGCUUUUACUAAGCUACUGAUUCAAAGUAAAACCCAUGUAAACACUCCAGGCUCAUUGUUAUUUGCUGACCACCUGAGCCUAGCUAGCUAGCAGUUAAGCUAACAACUGAAACAGCUGUCUUGAGUUGGUCCAAUUUGUGAUUAAAAAAAUAAAAUUAAAAUAAGAAUCGAGUGAAGUCAUAAUUUAAAUGUCAUUGGAAGCUAAAUUCAAGUACUUACAGGCUCGAUAAAAUCUUAUUGAAUGUAUUCACAUUUUCAAAAUUCGAUUUUACAGUGCAACUUGCCCGUACAUUGCGUUUUGCGUUAGUGUUGUCGAUAAAUUAGGUAAAACUGAAGACGAACCUAAAUUGUCGAUGUAAAAACAACCUCUCUCAACUUUCACUAAGUUGCUUUAUUCGUAUAAAGAUUUUGACCUUACUGUUCUCUGUGUGUUCUCUCCUCACCGCACACCGAAUGUGAAUAGCUAACGGUUCAAUAAUUUAACAACUUCAGUUCACUUCAAAAAAAAAAAAAGAAAAAGAAAAAAGAAAGAAAGAAAGAAAAAAAUUAGGUAGGGUUGAAAACGUAAUAUUAAUUGAAAGUUGAACGUACAAACUUGUGAUUUUGCGGGAGUUCAAUUAUUUGAAUGUAUAAUAUUUCAGUGAUUCUUGAGAAGUGGGACAAAAUGGGUUUACAUUUUUCCACAUUUUUUUUAUUAUUCCUCAAGCUUAUGUAUACAAAUAUGACAAAAUAAUGUUUUGGAACUGUAAAGAUGCUAAGGUGCAAGCUCCCAGUUGCAACAUUUUUUUUUUAAAUUACAUUUUUAAUGGAUCUGACCCAGAACUUUGUCGUCACCAUCUGACAAAAAUAAAUAUACAAUUAUUUUUUUAAUGACUCUAUAAGUGAUAUUUUUACUCGGUUUUACAGACAAAUGCUUCUCUAGAAACAAAAGAAAUAUUUAAAACAAAGAAAACAACAUAAAGUCCAUCUGACAGAGUUGAUCGUGCAUGACGGAGUUGACACAGAACUGAAGGUGGUGACAAACUAGUGAGUAAAAAGAAAAGCUUGAUACAUGUGAAGUAAAGCCAUUUAUAUAAAAUACAUUAAAAUGAAUUAACUGCAGAUUUAAGUGAGAUUUGUCUACAGUAUCAAUGAAAGAGUCACACUGAAAGUUAAAAACUCUGACGGAGUUGCAGCUCAUCAGGUCAAUUAAAUCUUUACAGUUUACUAAAAUUAAGCAUUUAGUUCACAAAAUUUCAUCAAAGUUUUGUAAAUUGUCAGUUAUGGUGUUGACACAUCAUGGUUAUGACGAACAACUUAGGAAUAAAACGGAAGAGAAAAACUAAAGAAUAACAAGCUAACUAGAGCUGCUUAGCAAAGGAAGAGAGCGUCAGAGGUCAUGGGGUCCUCAGAAGUUCUGAUGCCCCCCAAUAAUGCCUGAUUUUUUAUUUAUUAAAUUUUUUACAUCUUUUAUGUCUGACGGUGUUGACAAAACUUGGGACAAAUUUCAAUUGAGUUGGAAAAUAUAUAAAAAUGAUUUUUAAUUCAAUUCAAUGAUACUUUUAUAUUUAUUUAUUUGAAUACUUAUACUUAAUUGUCAUGAUAUAUUAUCUUAGUAUCCCUUUGAUUGUUUUAAACUAUUAUAAUGUAUCGAGUCCUGCUUCAGGACAAGGGAUUUUAAAGACAACAUCCAUCUACUACAAUGUUUGAAAUAAAAAAUAUUCAGCAAACACCAGGAAAACAUACAUUGUUGUGCUCACAUGGCCCAGGUUAGUUUAGUUAGAUAUUUGAAAAAAAUAUAUUUUGUGUGUAUUUUAUUCAAAUUUUGUGCUUUAUCCAUAGGACCUGUUUUGCCCCUCUUCUCAAGAAUCACUGAUUUAAUAUUCUAGUAUGACGUCCAAUGACGUGCUAAAAUCCGUUUGAAAAUUGGGAUUAUUACUGGUGUGACGUGUUUUUUCAAUAACUUCAAAGCUCAUUCUUCAAUUGCAAAUCUGCCAGGGGAGCUGGGGGGCGAGACUGUUGACAUUUUGGCAGCAGCUUGAUUGGAGCGUAAAUGUGAGUGUUGGAAGUUAGAAUCCCUUCAAUCAGCUUGAUUUUUUAUUUUAUUUUAUUUUAUUAUAUUUUUGCAUUAUACUUCCAUUUGUUUCAGAUGUUUUCUGUCCCUUUGGAGUGUUCACUUGUGCGCUUUUAGCUGCAGAAAGAAGCCACACAAUUGCCUUAUUUUUACCCAUAAAAUCAAACCGUUUUUAAGCAUCUGAGAUAUAAGCAAGUAUACUUUGAGCUGAUGCAUGUGGUAGACUUUUUUUUGUUAAUUUUUAAUCACUCCACAUGGUUGCCUUAAAAAUAAAUAAAUAAAUAAAACUAUACAGCCUGAGCGCUUUCCGUGACUGGAUGUGUGCGCCCGCCGCCUGCGUGUGUCUGCCUGCGCUGAUCCAUAGAAACGUGAAGCGCGUAGUAGACGGCCAAAUUGGUACAGCGCUUAGAGCCAGUUCAGUGGGCCACGAGAGGACAGCUAUUGCGUGAUGAUGUAACACGCAACGAGAGACAGACGGGCACACAUACACACUGAUACAGAACACACACACACGCACACACUGGAGAGAGAGAGAGAGAGAGAGAGAGGCAGGAGAAAGAGAGAGAGAGAGAGUAAAGAACGAGGUCAGCUGAAGGCUUGUUUACAAAUAGCAGAAGUGAAAUAGAGACAAAAGCAAAAGUAAAUGCGGAAAUGAUAAAUCAUGUAACUAUUUCCGGAAUUUAUAUCUGGCAGAGCUGCACAGUGGCGCAGUUGGUAGCAAGAAGGUCCUUGGUUCGAUUCCCGGCCCGGAGUCUUUCUGCAGGGAGUUUGCAUGUUCUCCCUCUGCAUGCUUGGGUUCUCUCCGGGUUCUCUGGCUUCCUCCAGUACUCCCAAAAACACGACAGUUAGGUUAAUUGGUCUCUCUAAAUUCUCCCUACGUGUGUGUGUGUGUGUGUGUGUGUGUGUGUGUGU